GCCAUGGUGGCCGCAGCAGUGGUAGUGCUCGUACUGCUCCAGCUACACGCCAGCGACACUUUGAAGGAAGGAUAUGAGGCGGGGAGACCACAUAAGUCGUCGGUCAGCAGUCCUCGUACACCGCCGCCACCACAUGGGUCAACUAAGACCUCGGUUCACAGCCAUCAAACUCGGUACGUCAUGUCCAGCCAGGAUGAGGACCUGCUAGACCUGAUGGUCAGAAUCGCAGAGACACCAGAGGAGUGGGAGCGCAUACACAGAGUCCUCAGUCUUAUUGGAAGAGAGAAAGAGGCAUACGAAACAACGGAAAAUAACUUACCCACAGAUGAUUUAAACGAAGUUAUUGAUAUGAAAAACUUGACCGAUAACGAUUUCGAGUCAGAACACAAGAUAGAUCCCACGUAUAACAUAACCGUCGCGCCUACCACCGAGGUUAACAUGUUGACGUCAACAACUCCUCCAUUGUUGACAACCACACCAGAGACUGCGACCACUGGCGAGAGUCAAGAUACGCAGUCUGGAGAUAUGGACGACACGGACACAGGCUGGCCAGACUUCGAAGAGGCAAUCGUCAAGAAGGUGAAGAAAUCUCACCCAGUAGAUGAAAACGACAUUCUGGAGUCAAACUGGCUGGAAGACGAUUGGCUCGACCCUAAAUGGAACAGCUUUUUGAGCAGUAAAAGUAAUAAAGAUCAAGCUGAACAUAUAUCAAAUAAGAAUUCUGUAGGUGUUACACCCCUGGUAAGUGGUGUGAAGACAAACUCAGAGAAGAGUGAGGAUGUUCCAAGAUCGAGACUGUACAGAGACCCCAAGAUAUUGGAAUUUCAUUUGAAGGACGUGGUAAGCUUCCGCAACCACACGGUUGAACACAACUCUUCAGAGGACAGCAACAGCAGCUCCAGUCACGAGGGUCGGCCGAUGUUCGUGUAUCACAGAGUAACGACGAGUCCUCAGGAGCGCCGCGGCAACGCCUUCAUCGCCGUGAGCGUGGUGCGGCAGAGUGUGGAGGAGUCUCCGUCCACCACACUGUCACCUCACACGUUCUGGGACCAGAUACGGAGAAUACAGACUCCAGCUAAAGAUUCGCUGUUGAAGCGUGAAAGAAAAAAUUGGAGACAAGAGGUUCAUUGGAAACACAACAGAGGACGCAGACACCAUCACGCGCACACGCACACACACCAGCCGACGCACCACUGACGUAGGGGACUUUAGGGCAGAAGAGGUCCCAUUACGCCGGAGUUGCUUAUAUUGACUGCGACAAUAUAUUUUCCACGUCAGAGUAUUUUUGUAUGUGUGUUCACUAGACUUUCCUAAACAGCUUUUGUUGCGGUUUAUAGCAACAUUAAUCUACUACAUUCCUAGCCAUUGUUUAUGAUCUAAGUUUCACAUUUUGUUUGCAAAGGAAACAACACGACAAUAUUUAAUGUCACCAUUCUUGUCAAUAGUUACUUUGUUUUUAUUUUUUUUUUACAAACCUCUGAACUAUUUUUGAACGAAUAGCUGUAGCAGUUAAACAAGAAGAAUAGUGAGUAAUGUGCAUUGAAGAUUAUGUAGAUGUAUGCUUUAAAUUAUUGAAUUUAAACCUAAAAAUGUUAUUUAAAAACCAACUGUAGCCUAUUGAGUAUUUUACAGCUUGUUAGUUAGGUGAUUUUUACCAAGUUGUAUUGCU